UAACAUAAUAAAAAAAUGUUACUCUCCUUGCAUAAUGUACGGAAAACUGUUGGCAGCAGUUUCAAAACACAUUUUGAAGUUGAAAGCGGAGCAAAGUGGAGCGUGGAGCCGCGAAAGCGAGGGAAAUAAUAUAGUAGUUCUCUCGGAAUUCAGAAUAAUAAUAAUUGUUUAACAUUAGCGCGAUAUAGAUUUUUUAACAUGAGCAACUUCAACUCUCCUAUGAAAUGCAUAUCUUCUAACGCGAGAGUUUUAACGCCCAAGCCGCAAGUGCAGCAGUUACUGGAUCUAAGGCAAACGCAGAACAAAGCUCGCAACAGUAUCAUAUGGUUUUUUAUCAACAGUGUACUGCUUAGCAUCGUAGUCUUUGACAUAUUCUACGGUGGAUUCACGUACAAACCGGUUUAUUGGGUCGAGUGUUGCCUAGCAUCGAUACUUGCUUUGAAUGCUCUGUACCACAUUAUACAAUAUACCUGGGCCACUUUGAGCCUGAAGCCGAUUACGCUUAGCCCUAAACAAAGGCCGCUUUUAGGAGUCACAGAAGAUGAUCCCCUAUUCAAGGACGAGAUGCCGCAGAAGCAGACGACUCCGGAGCCAAGUCCCUCGUUGAAUUUGUCUUGCAUAAACCUUAGCAGACGUUCAACGACUCUUGGAUCUUCGGUUCUGAGUGAUAUCAAGGAUUAUUCGCCAUCAGUCCCAUUUCUUAAGUACAGUAAUUUCGUAUCUUCUAAAACGACCACGAGCUCUAACGGAUCGCUAAGUAGAUCCACGAAUAUUUCUUUAAAUGGCAGCCUGACAAACGAGGAUCUCAUUCAGGACGAAUGCGAACUUGAGAGUUAUCUCAAAGAGGUUGAACAGCAAAGGAAGUGCGCAUUAUCCACGACUGUCGAUCAACCUUCUAAUCUCUUGAGUUCCUUUUGGUCUCAUCCUGCUACCCGAAGUCCUGGUGAGGUAUCACCGUUGUUAAGAAGAUGCGCUUAUCAGCUUGCGCCUACAAUAGAUAAAACAAAAGCGACCAGCCCCGCUGAAGAAGGAAGUUCUCCUAGAGGUACAUUUGGUGCACUAGAUAUAUGGCGAAAGUACAGAGUUGAUUCCAACAAAGUCAAUGAAUGGACUGCCAAUCUCCGGAUGUGGGUCAGCAAGACAGUCGUCGAACGCGUGGCUUUGGAAAUAGAUAAUAUAUGUGCAACAUUAGUACGCCACGGCUUGAGCGACUCACAGCCGGGCCACGUAGGACUGGACAGACUCAGGAAACUCGCGCAAGCACAAUUUCUAGUCUGUGUGAUUCCCACUCUGCCCACUUUGGUUCCCUUUUUGGAACUCUGUAACAAUCAGGAGUACCUCGUGAAGAGAAUCAAAACGCUCGCAAAGGGAGGAUCCAUGAGCGAAUUUAAAUGGAACGGUGGUGGGUCUCACAACGGUAAAGAAUGGGACUCUAGCUUGCCAACGGAUUCCGCUAUAAUAAUGCAUCUAAUUUCGACCUAUAUGGACACACAAUUGGAAGCGCCCUUGGAUCAACCAGACGCCAGGCCGUUUACAUCAAGAUAUAUGGCGAGAUCUGGCAUGGAAUUGCCGCGGAACAAGGGCCCGGUAAUAGUCUGUCAAUCUAUAAAUCCACCGCACUACAGUCUAGCGCUAUCCGGUGAUUCUCUUCCGAGCGAUUACGAGGAAGUACAACGGGGACGCAAUAAUUUGUUCCAUACGCUCUUACUCUUUUUAUACAUAGUCAAGACGCGAGAUCACGGCAUGUUAGGGCGAGUUAAUUCAGGAUCUUCCGGAAUCAAUAUUCUGUGGGUGAUAGACGGCUGAAACAAAUUGACUUUUAUAUGCUGCCCAAUGAAAAUGAAAGGAAAAAAAAAGAAGGAUUGUGAUUAUCAUACAGAUUCAGAUUUACGCCCAUAAGACUGCGCUUAAUAUUUUGUGUGUAAUAUUUUAUAGUGUUGAUUUAACAAACGCGACUAAAUAAAACAAGUGUUUAUACUAAA